AUGGAUGGCGCUCGAGCGAAUGACCUAUACUCUGCCGUCGUUGAGCAUUGCGAAAUCUCUCGACGAGUAGGAGGUACGUCGUAAUGGCGUUGAAGUUGUUGAGCGUGAGCUCGAAUGGAGCCGUUAUGAGUGCAGAUCUUGGUUGUAGUAGCAAAUAUUCAAGUGAGAUCCUUGAAGACUGAAGUGGAGAAGGGUUCCGCGUGCACAGUGAUUGUACGUGGGUUAACCGAUCCUAAGGCACAGGCUAAUGCUGGAUUUGAAGUUGUGGCGUUAAAAUUCACUUGUGGAUUGCGCUGCAUUCGCCGAAAGGGAAGUGGGUUAAUAUUCCCACGUCAUGACGAGGAGAUUGAUGGCACUUCGGUGUUGUUGAAGCGCGGUAACGCAAACGAACUUGCUGACACUGCUUAG